UAUCCGAACUUUCCGAACAUUGUCUUGCAGGCAGCGAAAGUGGACGCGCGAUGGUACCCUUCGUGUCCUUCUCGUGCGGUGACAUAUUCAACCUGAGGGAGUACCUCAAGGGGCAGAAGAAGACUGAGGAGUACCCUGGCGCGGAAGACGGCCGUCAGUGCCGGUACUGUGACUACACCAGCGAAAACGUGUGUCACGUUACGGCUCACGAGAGGACCCACACCAGAGUGAAACCGUACGUCUGUCGAGUGUGCUCCCGGGAGUUCACGGUGAAGGGGAACCUGGACAGGCACAUGAAGGCAGUUCACGAGAACCAGAGGAACUACAAGUGCCCAGCGUGCGGGAAAGCGUUCCAGCAGAAAAGCCACCUGCAGAAACACGAGAGAAUGCAUCGAUCCUCGUUCCGAGCCGAUCCUUUCUUCUGUCUCGCAGGGAACGACGAGGGGCGCGCAGCGCUUCCCUUCCAAUCUUCCAGCCCCGCUCUUGAGGAACGCUGGAACGCCGAGAGCAGGAAGAAACUGCGCCGGGGCCGCCCCCGUGCCGGCCCUGCGGAAGACGGGCCCCACGUGUGCGAGGUCUGUUCCAAACGCUUCAGUGGAAAGCACAACCUGGGCAGGCACCUGAAGACAGUGCAUGGGGGAGAGAGGGAGCACGAGUGCCCCGUCUGCGGAUACGCGUUUCAACACAAGCAUAACCUGCAGAGACAUCUGAAACUGCACCGCGAUUGAGCUUUGGAAAGUGGAGUACGUGCUCUUCGCGAUUGAAGCCAACCGGACGCUGUCGGGAGACCUGUGUCGCUGUUGCCAGUGAUUUUUU